UCUAACAGAUUACAUACAAACCCAAAAACCAAAAAUGCCACAAGAUAGAAAAACUACUAAUUACAUACUUUAAAAUAUAUCACAAAUUAAGAACAACAUUAAAACAUGUCUUUGUUAAAACUUUCAUCAACUCAAUUACCAAUAAUACCUCUUUACACUUUCUUAUCUUCUCAACCCAUCCAUAACAAUUCUGUUUCUUUUCCUCAUAAACAUCAUUAUUUGCAUCAAAGAAUUACAUGUAGAAGAAUUAGUCAUGUUACUUUUGGUUCUGGCAAUGAAGAUACACAAACUGAGUUUAAUGUGAAUACAACAAUUCAAGAAAAAGAAAAAGAAGAAGAAGAAGAAGAAGAUGAUGAUGAUGAUGAUGAGUUUGUAGGAGACCCAGAUCCUCAAGACCUUGAAUACAUCUCUCAAAUUAAAAGGGUUUUGGAGCUUUUGAAGAAAAAUAGGGACAUGCUCUUUAGUGAGGUUAAGUUGACGAUAAUGAUUGAGGAUCCCAGAGAAGUCGAGCGAAAGAGACUUAUUGGGAUCGACGAUGCAGAUACUCCAACUAGAGAAGAAUUAGCUGAUGUUCUUCAAGAAGUGCAAGAUGGGAAGAUACCACGAGACCGUGUUGCUCUUCAACUGCUGGCCGAGGAAAUGCUUCAAUGGCCUAAUUUAGAGGUUGAAGCAACUAAAAAAGGUCCACGCAAAUCAAAAUACGCAAAGGCUACAGAUACAGGAAUUGAUCCUGAAGUGGCUGCAAAGAAGCUUAACAUUGACUGGGAUUCAGCUGCUGAGAUUGAGGAACAGGAUAGGAGUGAUGAGAGUGAAGUACCUUCACUUGUGGGAUACGGAGCACUCUAUUUGGUGACAGCAUUCCCGGUAAUAAUUGGUAUAUCAGUGGUGUUGAUUCUUUUCUAUAAUUCUCUUCAGUGAGACCCGGAUACAACAUUGUUAGGCUAGUUGAUUGAUGAGCAUCAAAGAUGUUUUGAUGGCCAUCAUCAGGUUCAAAAAGAUUUUGGUGUGCUGUUUAUAUGAGACAUGAUGUAAAGUUGGAUAGUAGCAGAUGGUACAUGGUUACAACAAAUAUCCAAUUCUCAGUCAAACAAAGUACUGAUACAUUUCUAACAAA